ACUUUGAAAAUAAAAUAAUACCAACGGUCCAUUUUGCUGUUGCAGGCUCAUAAAUAGAAUCACUGUAGCCAGGCUGUACACUCUCUUUGCCAUAGCAACCUAAAGAGAGUGUUUAUAACAGCCUGUCAUCCAUAUUGGAAAAACAUCAGCUGCUUCUCCUGCUAUACUACAUUAGUGCUGGCUGUCCAGGCCCUUCCAGAACCAACUGUGAUUGCUCCCAGAGAAGUAUUGCAGUCACAGUGGGCCCAAGGUCUGUUUACCCAAGGACUGAAGAAAGGGCUUUUGGUGAGGGGCCAAGGUCCCUGGAUUACUCUGUGGGAAAGAAAGACUCGCCCAGUAUCAGUAACUACCAGAACCUUCAACCUACCAACCAAAUGGAAAGAGCUGUGUGUGUGCCCCAGAAUCCUAUGCUUACCUCCUAACAGAGCCAUCACAUAACUGGAAGGGCAGGCAUUCCAGUGCACCUUGAAGAUUUAAGCAUCACCUGCCAGGCUCUUUCAUCCCUGCUGUGGAGGGUAAAGGGAAAUUGAGGCAUAGAGCUCCAGGUGCCUCCAGCCUCCAGGGAGCCUUCCUCCUUGCCUUCAUCUUGGCCUUAUCCCACUCCUCCCCUUUCCCAGCUCAUCUCCCCCAAGCUGCUCUCUGCCAGUACUAAAGAUGCCUCCACAGUAACAAACAUUCUGUUCCCACCUGACUCCCAGGAGGUCAAGUCCACUGGGCCCAGGGACUAGGGACACCAGUCCUCUCCAUACCAGUCAGUCCAGCCGCCUCGCCCUCCCUGUCCCUUUUUGCCCCAGCUGACAGCUGACCCUAGACCCAGCCUCCAUCCCCCAACAUCCAAGAAAGGGGCUGGGUCGCAGCCACCUCUCUAGGGAGGUUCUCUCCUAGCCUGAGCCCACCCCUGCUACUGCUGCUACCACUACCACCAGCGCCAGCGCCACCACUGCUGCUGCUCCUCUUUUUUUCUGCUGUUGGCCCCCAGGCAGGGGCUUGGACCUACAGGGAUACAAUGUCUCACCCCGGGGAAAACCUGUCGAUUGGCAAGUAUGACUUCGGCUGCACCUUGAUGGAACUGCGGGCCCUCAUGGAACUGCACGGCACUGAGGCGGCCACCUACCUGAUGGAGCAUUACGGGGGGGUGGUCAAUCUCUGCAAGAGGCUGCUGACUUCGCCAGUGGAUGGACUGACUGGGCACCCUUCAGAUUUGGAGAGACGCCAGCAAAUAUUUGGAAAAAACGCAAUCCCCCCCAAAAGACCCAAGACCUUUAUUGAGUUAGUGUGGGAGGCUUUACAAGAUGCCACACUCAUCAUACUCAUCAUUUCAGCAGUUAUCUCCCUGGGCCUGUCUUUCUACCGACCUCCUGGGAGCGAUAAUGAAUCAUGUGGCGAGAUCAUAAUUGUUGGGGAUCACAAUGAGGAGACAGAGGCCGGCUGGAUCGAAGGGGCAGCUAUCCUAUUGUCGGUGGUCGUGGUGGUGCUGGUGACAGCCUUCAAUGACUGGAGCAAAGAGAAGCAGUUCCGGGGCCUACAAUCCCGUAUUGAGAAGGAACAGAAGUUUGCCAUUAUCCGCAAUGGCCAGAUCAUCCAAUUGCCUGUGAUUGAUAUCGUGGUGGGAGAUGUUGCCUACAUCCAAUAUGGUGACCUGUUGCCUGCAGAUGGAAUCCUGAUCCAAGGGAACGAUCUGAAAACUGAUGAAAGUACCCUAACUGGAGAAUCUGAACAAGUUAAGAAGUCUAUAGAGAAUGACCCCAUGCUCUUUUCAGGAACCCAUGUGAUGGAAGGGUCUGGCCGGAUGCUCGUGACUGCGGUGGGUGUGAAUUCACAAACUGGAAUCAUUUUCACGCUUUUGGGAACAUCAGAAAGUGACGAUGAGGUGAAGAAAGAAGAAGAAGUUGACGAGGGCAGUGAUGCUGAAGAAGAAGGAGAAGGCCAAGAAAAGAAGAAGGAGAAGAAGGAAAAGUCAGUACUCCAGAGCAAACUGACACGCUUGGCUAUUCAGAUUGGGAAAGUUGGUCUUUUCAUGUCCAUAAUCACAGUUGCCAUAUUGAUACUGCUCUUCGUAAUCGAAACAUUCGGGGUGAAAGGUCAGAGUUGGAAGGCAGAAUGCACCCCCAUCUACAUCCAGUACUUUGUCAAAUUCUUCAUCAUUGGGAUCACUGUGCUUGUAGUGGCUGUACCAGAAGGGUUACCUUUGGCUGUCACCAUCUCACUGGCUUAUUCUGUCAAGAAAAUGAUGAAGGAUAAUAACCUUGUGCGUCACCUGGAUGCCUGUGAAACUAUGGGGAAUGCAACAGCCAUCUGCUCCGACAAGACAGGCACACUGACUUUGAACCGCAUGACAGUGGUUCAGGCCUACAUAGGGAAUGUUUACUACAAGGAAAUCCCCACAGCAGAGAACAUUGCACCCGCUACCCUGAGCAUUCUUGUCAAUGGCAUCUGCAUCAACUCAAACUAUACGUCUAAGGUCCUGCCUCCAGAGAAGGAAGGGGGGCUUCCUCGGCAGGCAGGCAACAAGACAGAGUGUGCCCUGCUGGGCUUUGUCUCGCACCUGAAUUUUAACUAUGAAACUAUAAGGCAAGAGAUGCCGGAGGAGAGUAUAUUCAAAAUCUACACCUUCAAUUCGGUCCGAAAAUCAAUGACCACAGUUAUCAAGAACCCAAAUGGGACUUUUCGAUUGUACAGCAAGGGGGCCUCGGAGAUCAUGCUGCGAAAGUGCAAAUAUGUCUUGGACAGCCAGGGCAUACCCAAGGAGUUCAAACCCAAAGAUCGUGAUGAUCUGACAAGCAGUGUGAUUGAGCAAAUGGCCAACGAGGCACUUCGGACCAUCUGUCUUGCUUAUCGAGACUUGAAAAGUGAGAUUGACUGGGAUAAUGAAGUUGAUGUCCUCUCUGACAUGACUUUCAUCUGUUUGGUUGGCAUCGAAGACCCUGUGCGCCCAGAGGUGCCUGAUGCCAUCAAUCAGUGCAAACAAGCUGGAAUCACUGUCCGAAUGGUGACAGGAGACAACCUCAAUACAGCCCGAGCUAUUGCUAUCAAAUGCGGCAUCCUGACUCCUGGUGAUGACUUCCUGUGCUUACAGGGCAAAGAGUUCAACCAGAUGAUCCGCAAUGAGAAGGGUGAGGUGGACCAGGAUCUGCUAGACAAGGUAUGGCCAACACUUCGAGUGCUGGCUAGAUCAUCCCCUGCUGAUAAGUACAUACUUGUGAAAGGCAUCAUUGAGAGUACUAUUGGGAGCCAACGGCAGGUGGUGGCUGUUACGGGGGAUGGUACCAAUGAUGGACCAGCCUUGAAGAAAGCAGAUGUCGGCUUUGCCAUGGGCAUUGCAGGCACAGACGUGGCCAAGGAGGCCUCAGACAUCAUCCUAACAGAUGACAACUUUACCAGCAUUGUUAAGGCAGUGAUGUGGGGUCGAAAUGUCUAUGAUAGCAUUUCCAAGUUUCUACAGUUCCAGCUCACUGUCAAUGUGGUGGCUGUGAUUGUUGCCUUCACUGGGGCCUGUUUCACCCAGGAUUCCCCACUGAAAGCUGUGCAGAUGUUGUGGGUGAACCUGAUUAUGGAUACUUUUGCUUCCUUGGCCCUGGCUACUGAACCACCCACAGAGCAAUUGCUGAAAAGACGACCCUAUGGUCGUAAUAAGCCACUGAUCUCCAAAACGAUGAUGAAAAAUAUUCUGGGCCACGCCGUCUACCAGCUUAUCAUCAUCUUUACCCUUCUCUUUGCUGGUGAAAAGAUAUUUGACGUGGACAGUGGGAGGCAAGCCCCCUUGAAUGCCCCACCAUCCCAACACUAUACCAUUGUAUUCAAUGUCUUCGUGUUAAUGCAGCUCUUCAAUGAAAUCAAUGCCCGAAAAAUCCAUGGUGAGAGGAAUGUCUUUGAAGGCAUACACCGUAAUGUCAUCUUCUGUACAGUGCUGGUGGGCACAUUUAUCACCCAGAUCAUAAUAGUGGAAUGGGGGGGCAAACCCUUCAGCUGCACAACACUUGAUUUGCACCAGUGGCUUUGGUGUCUUUUCAUUGGGAUAUCAGAGCUGCUCUGGGGCCAGAUAAUCAACACAAUACCCACUAAAAAGCUGUUUUUCUUGAGGGAGGUUGGGUAUGGCCACUCCAGAAAUAAAAUCCACAAGUUAAAUAUGGGUUUCAGUACUACCGAAACUGACCACACAGAAAUGGAGCUGCGCCAUGGACAGGUCCUUUGGUUCAGAGGCCUCAAUCGCAUCCAGACUCAGAUUAAAGUAGUCAGAGCAUUCGGUAGCUCCCUCUAUGAAGGCCUUCAGAAACCUCAAUCUCGGAAGUCUAUCCAUAACUUCAUAACCCACCCCAAGUUCACUCUGGAAGAAGAUAAGUCAAGAACACCACUCCUGGAUGAUAGUGAGAAGGAUGAAGAAAGCAAAAAGCCCAGGACAGACAGAUUCCCUAAGGCCAGUGGGAGCAAAGAACCCACACCCUCUCUGUCUAUCAAAGAAAACAACAAUGCUUUGGACUCUAGCCCAGUGCACAUCACAAUUUCCAACUCGGAUAGCACCUUACACAGCCUGGAGACAUCGGUUCAACCCUCAGAACUCUGGCUUCUAUCCCUGAUUUCUCCCAUUUCCUCCCUUAUUUGCCAUUUUUGUGUGAUAUCUAUGAGGUAAUGGAACUUCUCACUAUCAUGUCAA